AUGAUUGCACGGAAACUUUCCAGAGCAGCCUGGUGCGGGAGGAUCCCAGCAGCAGCAGAGUCGGAGGCGGUAAAGAAGCCCCUACUUGAUUCCAAAGAUACUCUGCGCUUCCAAACGCGCCAGGUGGACACACAUGCGAAUGUACGUUUUGUGAAGACGACGCCUCGCCCCUACCCAGCGCUCCUCAGGCCGGCAAAAAUACAGGUAUUGCCGAAAGUAGCCCUCGGUAAAGCCGGCAGGCGCACCGGGGGGCAGGCGGCGGGUAGGCAGGAGCCGCCCGGAGCCCCCCAGCCCCGGAGCCCCCCCCGGCGCGCCGUCCCCUGCCUGCCCCGGCCGCGGGACGGAUUUAAUGAAGUCUGGAAAUCCUUUCCUAUCCCUCCUGGAGAAUACUUCCCCAUCCCAAUCCAAUCCAAGCUUCCUCAGGGGAUCAGGAAGAGUAAUGAACUUUUCCACCUUACCUCCCCACGCAGACUUGAAGACACUCCUUUAGACACGCUCACGACUCCCUUAACCACCAGCGAUUUCUGUCCAUCCUCCUACACCGGGAGAAAUACUGAGCCCUACCAUCAGCCAUGCGAGCGGCUGUAUCUGCAAGGGUUAAACUAUGUAGCAGGCACAGCGCCUGAUGAAAACAUUAAUAAAAUGCGAUGA